AUGUCCUCGGCGACCAAGCCGAGGCGCUCCCUCAACGGCGGGACGUCUCCGUCACGCGGGCGCGGUCGUUCGCCCCCGCGGGAACGCGAGAUGGUGCAGAGGAACCACAGGCGAGGCCCUUCGUUUGAAUCCGUCGGCGAAGCCACCGAGGACGACGACAGCGUCCUGGGCGACGGCGCCCCCAAGGCGGCGCAGCUCUCCCGAGCCCGCUCGCGCGUCGAGGGGCGAGAGGGCGCGCAUCAGUCCUCCGUCGCCGCGGUCAAGGGCUUCGAACAGAAGGCUAGCCAGAUCGCCGAGGCCAUCAAGGAGCAGGAGCGCGGCGACGGCGCCAUCGAUCCGAUGGUCAUGCACCCCAGCGCCGAGUGGAGGCGCUACUGGGACGGCCACUUCAACUUCAUCGUCCUCGUCUACAUCGCGUUCACCGUGCCGUAUCGACUCGCCUUCGACAUGCCCGCGAUGGGCGGCUGGUACCUGUUCGAGUUUAUCAUCGACCUCUACUACUGGGUCGACUUCGUGAUGUGCUUCCACACCGCGUACUGGGAGAAGAUCGACGACGGCGACGACGUGCGUUACGUCACCGACCUCGAGGAGAUUCGCGCGCACUACCUCCGAACAUGGUUCCUGUUCGACCUGCUCGCGAUCCUGCCGGUCGAGUACAUCAAGCGAAACGCGCAGAACAUCGCGGUGUGCUCCUGGCAUCUCGUCAAGGAUCCGUGCGGGGAUCACGUCGUCAAAGGCGUGGACCAUCACGUGAUGCGCGCGUUCACGGUGAUUCGGCUGUUCCGGCUCCUGAAGCUGGGCCACCUUCCGAGGGUGCAGCGGAUCAUCUUCGGCUACUUCGACGAGUUCAUCUUAAAGUACCACCUGUUCUUCUCCAUGAGCAAACUGCUGUUGUCGCUGACGUUCAUCUCGCACUGGAUGGCGUGCUUGUACGGCAGUCAGUACAACUUUGAGCGCGAGGAUCACAGCGGAAUCGAGGGCCUCCACUGGGAGAUGUACAUAGGCGCCAUGUACUGGGCCGUGCAGACUGUGACCACGGUGGGGUACGGAAACAUCGUGCCAACCACCAUCUCCGAGCGCGUCAUCGCGUGCUUCGUCAUGCUGCUCGGUGGAUUCGUCUUCUCGACGAUAAUCUCGAAGGUGGCCAGCGUUUUGGAGCCCAACAGCGGCGAGAACAUCGAGGUGAGAAGGAAACUCGCCCUUCGCCGGUUCAUCGAGGAGAAGAAGAUCCCCCGGUCGCUCAUCGUCCGCAUCAACACCUACUACAAGAACGAGAAGGACGACUCGUUCGGGAACAACGAGGUCAUCGCGGGGCUUCCGGAUGUGAUUCGCACCGACGUAAACUACUUUGUAUACGGCGGCGUCAUCAUCGACGCCUUCGCCGGGACCGUAAUGCCCAACGAGAUGUUUGUGGAGUUUAUGUGCCGAAGGAUGUACCCCAAACGGUACACGCGCGACAUGCCCCUCAGCAUGACCAACGAGUUUGUCGAAAACAUCUUCAUCGUCGCGGAGGGCCGCGUCGCGGUGGCCGCGAGGGAGGAGGACCUACUCGAGGACACCGGCGACGUCGACACGAAGGCGUACAACGAGAAGAUAUCCGACGCAAACUGCGACAACGACGACCCGGGCGCCGGGUGCCUCAUGCCGCCCGGCGCGCUCAUCAACCCCGGCGUGGCGCUCGGGUACAACCGCGGCGUGCUGUGCACCAGACCGUACGAUAAAAUCGUCAACUUGAUGGUCCUCGCCAAGCAGGACCUGAUGGACGUCGUCGAGGAACACCAACCUCUGCUCGCGCGCAACGUGAUGGACGAGUUCAUCGAGCAGCUCACGUGGUCGCGCAAAUCCGCGCAGAGGCUCGGGCUGGAGGGCAUAGGGCGAAUAGACCUCUGGGACGAGGAGAACAAGCGCGUGAAGGCAAAGUGGGACGUCAUCCUGCAGCAGGAGCGGCGCAAGGAGGACGAGGCGAGACUCUCGCGCGGCGGCUCGCUCAACUCGCGAGACGACGACGACGCGAUCGUCGAGGCGCCGCAGCUCAUCGAAGCCGAGAUCGGCGGCGAUAAGUUUGAGCUGGUGCAGAAGCAGGUGCAGCAGCAGAGCAUCGUGCUCGCGCAGGUGGCGAACUCGUUCAAGGAGUCUGCGGAGAAGACGCGGGAUAAGCUCGGCGAGCAGAACGCCGACCUGAAGAAGUUCCAAACCUCGGUGAUCGACGCGCUCAAGUCGCACUCGCAUCGCAUAGAGCGCAUCGAGGGCGCGAUCGAGGGCCUCCACAGGCUCCUCGUGGCGCAGAUGGGCGGCUUGCCCUACCACGCCGAGACGGGCGAGGACACGGCUGGCGGCGUCGGCUUUGGCACGGCUUCCGAUCCGUACCUGGCCAAGGCGAAGGACGACCUGCGGCUGGGCGGGAGGGCGUACGCGGGUCAGCCCAAGCCGAGGGGGGGACCCGACGACUUCGGCGUCGAGGCACUCAACGCAGACGUCGCGGACGACGACAACGCUCGAAGGCUCAAGUACGCCGCGGGCGCGUCGGCGAGCGGCAGGCCGGGGUCGAGGUCGUCGCCGCAGCCGCCGCCGCUGCAAGGGUACGAGGCGGCGCGCCUGCGAAGGGCGCUGUGA